ACUUCCUCCUUAUUUAAACCUCCAUAUCCCUCACAUGAACAUGCACUUCAAAACAUCCUCUCUCUCUCUCUCUCUCUCUCUCCCCACACAUAUAAACUUCAAACAUAUUAACAUUCUAUUCUCUACUUCUUCUUUUCACUCCCUCUGCUCUUCUACAACUUUCCCAAAAGAAAAACACACACACACACACACACACACACACCCCACCCCACCCCUCCCCCCCUUAAUGAUGCAUAACACUUCUUGUCUAAAUAUCCCACCAAUGGUUCAACCCUUUGACAACCAUGACUACUCCUUCUUGUCUCGCCGGUGCAUAUGGGUUAACGGACCGGUCAUCGUCGGUGCCGGUCCUUCCGGUUUAGCAGUUGGUUCUUGCCUUAAAGAACAAGGUGCCCCAUUUAUCAUCCUUGAGAGAGCUAAUUGCAUUGCUUCUCUUUGGCAAAACCGAACCUAUGAUCGUCUUAAGCUUCACCUUCCUAAACAAUUUUGCCAAUUGCCCAAUUUCCCUUUCCCUGAUGGUUUUCCUGAAUAUCCAUCAAAAUACCAAUUCAUCAGCUACUUAGAAUCAUAUGCCAAACACUUCGGUAUAAACCCCCAGUUCAAUGAGACUGUUCAGUCUGCUAAGUAUGAUGAAACUUUCGGUUUGUGGCGUGUCAAGACCAUAUCGACGAGCAGCUCGAAUCCCGGAGAGGUCGAAUAUAUUUGUCGGUGGCUCGUGGUGGCUACCGGAGAGAAUGCCGAGAAAGUAGUGCCAGAAUUCGAAGGUUUGGAUGAGUUUGGUGGACGUGUUAUGCAUGCUUGUGAUUACAGAUCCGGUGAGAGUUUCCACGGCAAGAGAGUACUUGUUGUUGGUUGUGGAAAUUCAGGAAUGGAAGUCUCUCUUGAUCUUUGCAACCACAAUGCAAGCCCUUCAAUGGUGGUUCGGAGCUCGGUUCAUGUAUUGCCAAGGGAACUUCUUGGGAAAUCAACAUUUGAAUUGGCAGUUUUGCUGAUGAAAUGGUUCUCAAUUGGUGUUGUGGACAAAAUGCUACUAAUACUUGCCCGAUUGAUUCUUGGGAAUCUUGAAAAAUAUGGCCUAAAAAGGCCAUCAAUUGGUCCAUUGCAGCUCAAGAACACAGCAGGGAAAACACCAGUGCUUGAUAUUGGAGCAUUGAAGAAAAUAAGAUCUGGGGAGAUUAAGGUUGUCCCAGGAAUCAAGAGGUUCUUUAAUGGUGGAGUUGAGCUUGUUAAUGGAGAUAGUUUUGAGAUUGAUUCUGUGGUUCUUGCAACUGGGUAUAGAAGCAAUGUUCCUUCAUGGUUAAAGGAAAAUGAUUUCUUUUCUGGAGAUGGAAUACCAAAGAAUCCAUUCCCAAAUGGAUGGAAAGGAAAAGCAGGACUUUAUGCUGUUGGGUUUACAAGGAGAGGCUUAUCUGGUGCUUCAUUUGAUGCUAUUAGUGUAGCUCAUGAUAUUGCUAAGAGCUGGAAAGAAGAAACAAAGCAGAAGAAGAAAUCUGUUGCAGCUCGACAUAGGAGAUGCAUUUCACAUUUCUAAACAACAUGAUGAUCAUCAUCGUCAUGAUCAAGAUCAAGAUCAUGAUCAAUUUGUUUCUUUUGCUUGGUGGCAGAUCAUCAAUCAGACCUUUUUGUGUAGAAAAUAAUUUUUAGAAAGUAGACAAAGGAAAAAUAUAUAUAUAUAUAUAUAUUAUACAAAAGGUAGCCCUCUCCUUCAAAAAAACAAAUAAUAAUAAUAAUAAAGAAAAUAAUCGGGGAUAUAUAUAUAUAUAUAUAUAUUUUGUAUGAAGGAAGAUGAGGCUCUGUGCUUUUAUUUUUUCAUUUAUUAGUAGCUAAAAAGUG